AUUCAACAUGGAUCCAUAUUUUGGGUGACAAAAGAAAGUGAAGGAGAAGAAAGAAGAAGAUACCUUCUUGUUUGAGAUUUUGAAAAAUCUUAAUUUGACCAUAGUUAUUGGCAUUUUUGUUGCCUUGUUUGUAUAUUGGGAUAAUGCUUUUAUUAGAGAUCAUACAGCCAAGCCUGUAUUGAUUUCUAUGGUUCCAAGCAUUCUUUUCCAAAUUUAUCCCACAAUUAGAUUCAACAUUGUUUUCAGAGUUAUUGUUACAGGUUUCAUGAUCUUCUCAGUCGGUGUCUUUGUUUUAAUUGCAUAUGCAAUCAGUCAGACCGAAACUAUCAUUGAAGCUACACUUGUCAUUAUGCUCUUUACGAUGCUAUUCAUGCCAAGCUUCUUUAUAAAUUUGAUUCUUUAUAUUGCCCUCAAUAUGCAAAUUUCAAAGACAGAGAUGAAACAAUUUGUUAUGCCACAAGAAAGUAUCCAAGUGCAGCCUCUUAUGAUCUAAGAUUCUAUGUUACAUGACUAUUU